UGAGCUCAGUGCCGGGAGCGGGCGCCGCCAUGGAGCCGCGGGAGCUGCGCUGGGAGACUCUGGAGGCUCUGCGCACCUCCAGCAAGGGCCGGCUGAGCUACUGCCGCCACUGGCUGCGGGAUGAGGAUAUCUUGGAAGGAUGCAUGUCUCCUCUGGUGCUGUCACCGUAUUCCGGCUGGGUCCUGGACAGAGUGGUUGGGCGAUCGGCCCCAGAAGCUCUCCCCUCCAGGAGUUCAACGCCUAAAGAAUCCCCUCCUCUCACAAACCAGUCACCGUCUCUGGAGAAGAUCACGUCUGCGAGCUGCCGGGGCUCUUCACCACUUCUGUCUACAGACCCAAGUGAAACCAAGGGAAAUGAAGAUCUUAGUCUGCUGGAAAUGGACCAAGAACUCUUUUCAGCGGUUCUGCCAUCUAAAGUUACAGAAGUCGAAGGCUGCAUUCGGAUGUACGAAGAGAUGCACAGGUUGAAAGGAAAGGAGGGGCUAAGGCAGCGGCAGGAGCAGCAGGAGCAGAUGGUGAGGGCAGUGUAUGACCUGGCGAGUGAACAGCUGAAGCGCUUUGAUGAACUGAAGGAGCUAAAGCAGCAUCAGGAAUUCCAGGAUUUGCAAGAAGUAAUGGAGAAGAGCUCAAAGGAGGCUCAGGGACAGCAAGAGAAGUUGAAGGAAGAACACCGACACCGAGCAAAGAUAUUAAACCUAAAACUGCGCGAGGCAGAGCAGCAGAGGCAGCGUCAGGAAGAGCUGGAGCGUUUGCGUAAGGAGGAGGGCCAGGAAAGAUUGCGUCGCCUUUAUUCCAUCCAGGAGGAAGUGCUGCAGCUGAACCAGCAGAUUGAUCCCAAUUAUAGACACAAAGACUUGCCAAGAAUUGAUCUUUCUGUGUACAGUAACCGUGGCAACCAGAUCUGUGGGCUGGUGUCAGGACUCAUCCGCACCACGAGUGAGAGAGGUUUCCCUACUCAAGUAGAUGUGGCCAACACGGAACGAGCGCUGCAGGAGAUGCGGGGGUUGAUAUCCAGCAUGCAGCAAGAAAUCGCUGCAGCUGUGGAAGAAAAAAGGAGGAGAGAUGAAGAGGAAAAGAGGCAGAAGCAGAAAGAGUUACUGAAAAAAGAGCAGGUGAAGGCUCAGACCCCUGCCCCUGCCCAGCAGUCAGGUGGAAAGCAGCAGAAGGAAGGACUUCAAGUCAAGGCAGAAGAAAGUACCAUGCAGUGGUACCAGCAGCUUCAAGAUGCUGCUGAGCAAUGUGUUGCUUCUUUCAGUGGAAUCAGCAACUGCAAAGAUAACAAUGAGGUUAAGAAGAUAAAAACAGACUUGCAGAAAGCAGCUACGAUCCCUGUGAGCCAGAUCUCAAGAAUAGCAGGCUCUCAGCUGAGAGAGAUAUUUGAUAAGAUCAAUAACCUGCUCUCUGGAAAGUCUGUUGUGAGUGGAGGGAGAACUGUAUCAGUGACGCAGCAUCCACAGGGUCUGGAUUUUGUUUAUUACAAACUUGCGGAGAAAUUUGUGAACCAAGGAGAAGAAGAAGUAGCUUCUCACCAUGAUGCAGCUUUCCCAAUUGCUGUGGUGGCCUCAGGAAUCUGGGAAAUACACCCUCGAGUUGGAGACCUCUUUUUAGCUCAUCUGCAUAAAAAGUGUCCUUAUUCUGUGCCAUUUUACCCUGCACUGAAAGAGGGGACUUCUAUGGAAGAGUAUCAGAGGAUGCUUGGAUAUCAGGUUAAGGAUUCUAAAGUGGAAGAGCAAGAUCAUUUUCUUAAACGGAUGUCAGGACUGAUCCGUCUUUAUGCUGCUAUUAUUCAACUCCGCUGGCCUUAUGGAAACAAACAAGGGCCACAUCCUCAUGGGCUGAACUAUGGGUGGCGCUGGCUUGCGCAGAUGUUGAAUAUGGAGCCUCUGGCUGAUGUGACGGCGACGGUGCUGCUCGAUUUUCUGGAGGUGUGCGGCAACGCGCUCAUGAAACAGUAUCACGUUCAGUUCUGGAAAAUGAUGUUGCUUAUCCAAGAAGACUAUAUCCCAAGGAUUGAAGCAAUUACCAGCUCUGGACAGAUGGGCUCUUUAAUGCGUUUCAAGCAAUUCUUGGAGAAAUGUCUACAGAAGAAGGAAAUUCCACUACCAAAGGGCUCUCUGCAGCCUUCCUUUUGGAGAUCAUAGAUCAGUUCAGAUUUCUUUCCCCCUGGAUGUCGGUGCUUUCAGACCUGGCUUCCUGUUUAUAUGUAAAGGCAAAAUAAAUGUAUUCUGUAAAUAGAGGAAUCAGGAGAAAAUAUUCCAUCAGCCUGUUAAUGUUUUAUUCAUCACAAUUUAUGUUGGGCAGAACAAACUUGUGUUUAAUUUGUUGCAAAUAAUUGGAAGCAAUUCUUUGGAUUUUUACAAGUUUUUGUAUAGUAAAUUAUGGAAAAUCAAGGACUCUUCCUUCAUAUGAUCACACAUGUGGAAGAUGUUGUACAUAAAAUAUCCUGAUGAGCUCUGGGCUUCAGAGAUUAAAGACUCUUGGGCUGAAAAUUUGCACCGUGCUGUUCUGUUCAUGGAAGUGAAAAUACCUCAUGGCUUUACGAAGUCUUAACAAAGUAACCAAUCUCAGAAAUUUACUUCUAGAACCUUAUUUUUGUAUUUAUUGCAUCCGUCUUUUAUAAUUCAAUUUUAAUUAUGCUGAUGUACUUGCAUCCUGUUUGCCUUGACAUCUUAAGACUACAGGGAGACUGAUGAAGGCGUUUGGCCAAGUGCUGGUGGCGCUUCUCUCUGUUGAAUGUAACUUUGCUCCAAGAGGCAGGACUCUCGAUUUAAGAGAGAGAGAGACUCACUGCUUCAAAAGGUUUGCACGGGUGAUAGUAACUUCAUGGGAGAAGAGCAGAGUUCCUGAAACUGCAGAAUUUCUGCAUCUGUUAUCCAUCAGAUGGAUGGAAGCUAAUAGUCCAUUUUUUUAUUUAAAAGGAAAAAAAAAAAGGUGGCAAAAUGGUGCAUUCAUUGUAGCACUUUUGCUCGUGUUUUGCCAUCAUUUGAGGGGGAAAUGGGGGGUUACCUAAGGUGCAUUUUAUAAGAGAUAUUUUUAUGUAAAUGGAUUUUUUCCUUAUCAAUGUCAAGGUAUUUUAUGUAUCAAGUACUGUAAUACUUUUGUACCAAUGGUGGAUUAUUCUGAGAAUAGUUCAUUCUAGAAAUCUGUUUAAAUUCAUAUUAAAGUUUGAUUAUUUUUUUUCUUUGUAA